GUUAUUAAAGACGAGCCUUGUCCUCGCGUUCCUUCACAAUGUCUCUCUUGUAUCGUAUUCCUCUCUCAGUAUUGCUUCUCUUCGCCACUUGAUACCCCUCCCUUUCCAAGUAGACUUAUUUACAUCACUCAACAACACACCAAAGAACCCAAGAUGGCGGCAGUCCUCCCCGAACCUUUUGCGAGCAUUCCUCGCGAGAACUUCCUCUUUGGCCCCUCGCCCAUCGAGCCCCUCCCCCGCAUCUCCGCCGCCCUCGGCGGUAAGGUCAACGUCUACGCCAAGCGUGAGGACUGUAACUCUGGUCUUGCCUACGGCGGUAACAAGACCCGCAAGCUUGAAUACCUCGCCUCAGACGCCCUCGCCCAAGGCUGCGACACCCUCGUCUCCAUCGGCGGCGUACAAUCAAACCACACCCGCCAAGUCACCGCCGUCGCCGCAAAGCUCGGCCUCAAAGCCGCCCUCGUCCAGGAGAAGUGGGUUGACUGGACCGACCCCGUCUACGACAAGGUCGGCAACCUCCAGCUCUCGCGCCUCAUGGGCGCCGACGUCCGCCUCGACCCCUCCACCUUUGGCAUCGAGCACAAGAACACCCUCGCCAACCUGAAAGAAGAACUCCUCGCCGCCGGACGCAAGCCGUACUACAUCCCUGCCGGCGCAUCAGACCACCCCCUCGGCGGCCUGGGCUUCGCGCGCUGGGCUUUCGAGGUGCAGGCGCAGGAGAAGGAGCUGGGCGUGUUCUUCGACACGGUUAUCGUGUGUGCGGUGACGGGCUCGACCAUGGCGGGUAUGGUUGCGGGAUUCAAGCUCGCGGAGAAGCUGGGCGGAAAGAAGCGCAAGGUCAUCGGCAUUGACGCCUCUGCGACGGUGAAGCAGACGUUUGACCAGGUGCUGCGCAUCGCCAAGAACACGGGCGCCAAGAUUGGCCUCGAGGAGGGCGAUAUCACCGAGGCGGAUAUCAUUCUGGAUGACCGGUUCCACGGCGGCGUCUACGGUAUUCCCGACCAGGUCACCAUUGACGCCAUCAAGUUUGGCGCCAGCACGGAGGGUUUCAUCACGGACCCCGUGUAUGAGGGUAAGAGUUUGGCGGGUAUGAUGCAGCUCAUCAAGAACGAGGAGAUUGCUGCGGGUAGCAAUGUCUUGUAUGCGCACUUGGGUGGCCAGUUGGCGCUCAACGCGUACUCUGGCAUGUAA